AUGGACGAAAGGGGGUUUGUCCGGAAUCUCGGCGAAACUAAUAUCCGAGUCCAUUUCAUGCGAAAAUCGAAAUCCAGUAUGGAGAGAAGCCAUGAUACGAUCCCUUCUCACCACCAACCCGGCUCUCUCGCUCCGCCAACUGCCCUCCUUCUUGUCUAA